GGCACCUACGCCAACAGCCAACAACCGAAAUGUCUUCAGCAACAUUUGUAUUUAUUGCAUGGUUAAUAACCCAAGUGAAUUGCCAUGCGAUCGAGUUGGAUGAAAAUUUUCACUCACUAAGAGAUGACGGAAAUUGGCUAGUUAUGUUUUAUGCUCCUUGGUGCGGGCACUGCCAACGAUUACAUCCGACUUGGGAUGACGUUAGUAGAGAGUUAAGUGAAACUGAAAUUAAAGUCGGUAAAUUAGAUGCGACUAAGUAUUCAGAUUUAGCACAGGAAUUAGGUAUCAAAGGAUUUCCGACAAUAAAAUUCUUUAAGGACAGUAAUUCAUCUUUUGAUCAUUACGGUGGGAGGACAACCGAUGCAAUUAUAGGUUUUGCACGUCGUGCACAAGGGCCAUCAUUGCGCACUUUGCAUAGUCCUGGUCACUACAAAGAUGCUAAACGAAAGCACAAAUUAGAGGUUUUUUUCCUUCUUGUAACAGAUAAUAGUGACAACGAAGAUGGCAAAUUAGUGAUGGAAAAGUAUAAAAACAUAUCGGAUGAAAAGGUUUUAGAAGGUUAUUUCUAUACCGGAAAUUCCCGUAUAAUCCCUGAUGAUAUCAAAACCAAGAUUCAGAAUUAUCCCCAACUAAUUGUAUACAAAGAUAGUUCCCAAUAUUUAUACGAAGGUGACCUCGAAUCAAUGUGGAAAUGGAUCAAUGAAGAAAGAUUUUUAUUCUUUCCUAAAGUUGACGAAAUUAGCUUCUACGAGACAACCACUAGUGGCAAACUUGUAGUGCUGUUAGCGAUUGAUGAAGACUACGAUAAUUACAAGGAACACUUAAAGCUAUCGAAUAUUGCACGACUGGUAGCGUGGGAAAAGAGAGAAAAGUAUCAUAAUUACAUUGCCUUGCCCUUCCUUUUGGUAUACAACGCAUCGGAUGGAAUAUACUAUCUUCCUGACCAAGCACCGUUGUCUAUGACUAAGGAGUCUUUCGCUAGUUUCCUUGAGAAAGUUAUUGCCAAAGAAGAUAUUGUGGGCUACGGAGGUUAUUCCUUUAUCCAAAAAGUGCACAGAGUUAUCUGGAACAUUUAUUCUACCGUAAAGGAUAUCUGGGAUGCUCAACCUAUUUUAGCUCUGGUGUUUUUUCUCCUGCCAACAUUGCUCAUUUGUUUUGUAUGUUAUAAUAUGUGUACUAUGGAAGAGAGUGAUGAAGGAACUGAUGAGUUUGAAGAUGAAGAGAGAGUUGAAGGAGAAGAAGACAAGCUACGAUAA